AUUAAGUUCAGCCCUGCAGGAGGUUCUGUACGUGGCAGCGACUAAAAACCCCUCUCUGUCCUACUCAUAACCCCUGGGUGCCAAGUGAAACUGCGUCCACAUUGCAAAGUGUGACAGCGUUCCUUAAAACCCACGAGAAUAAAGGUUAUUGAAAGAGACAGAAUGAGGAGGUCCCUGUCUUACAUCCUCUGGGCUCUCCUCUGGUGCUGCUGCUGCAGGACAACGCAGGCAGAGAUCUUCACGUCCAUUAGCCAAAUGACAGAUCUGAUCUACACAGAAAAAGAGUUGGUCCAGUCUCUGAGGGAAUACAUAAAAGCAGAGGAGUCCAAGCUUGCUGCUGUCAAAAGCUGGGCCAACAAACUUGACGCUCUGACCAGAUUGUCCACCUCUGACCCAGAAGGAUACCUGGCCCACCCAGUAAAUGCCUACAAACUGAUGAAGAGACUCAACACAGAGUGGACUGAACUGGAGAGUCUUGUCCUUCAGAACCCCUCUGAUGGGUUCAUUUCCAACAUGUCCACACACAGACAGUACUUCCCAGAUGAAGAGGAUGAAACGGGUGCAGCCAAGGCGUUAAUGCGUCUUCAAGACACGUACCAACUGGAUUCUGAGGCUUUCUCCAAAGGAAAGCUGUCAGGUCUGCACUCCAGUGCCUUACUGACAGUGGACGACUGCUUCGACAUGGGAAAGACUGCUUAUAAUGAUGCAGACUAUUACCAUGCUGUGCUGUGGAUGCAGCAGGCCUUGAAGCAGCUGGAUGCUGGGGAGGAAGCUGUGGUUACCAAGGCGGACAUUUUGGACUACCUCAGCUACUCCGUUUACCAAAUGGGAGACCUACCUCGAGCCAUUGAGCUGACACGCCGACUGGUGGCAAUUGACGCCAGCCACCAGAGGGCAGGAGGUAACCUCCGUUAUUUUGAGCGUUUACUGUUCAAGCAGCUCAAUGAGAUGAACCAGACCUACGAGCCUGCCUCUGAGGAGCCAAUCCAGCUGGGAACCUACAGCAGACCUAAAGACCAUCUCCCAGAGAGGGAGGCCUAUGAAGCCCUCUGCAGAGGAGAGGGGCUUCAAAUGACUGAAGCAAGGCGCAGCCGUUUGUUCUGUCGCUACCAUAAUGGUUAUAUGAAUCCUCGUCUCCUGCUGAAGCCCAUGAAAGAGGAGGAUGAGUGGGAUAGUCCACACAUCGUACGCUACCUGGACAUCCUGUCACAUGGAGAGAUUCAGAAGAUUAAGGAGCUGGCUAAACCCAGGCUUGCCAGAGCUACUGUCCGUGACCCCAAAACAGGCGUCCUGACCACAGCCAACUACAGAGUGUCAAAAAGUGCAUGGUUGGAAGGAGAGGAUGACCCUGUUAUUGAAAGAGUCAAUCAGAGGAUAGAAGACAUCACAGGCCUCACAGUAACCACUGCAGAGUUACUACAGGUUGCUAACUAUGGAGUUGGAGGACAGUACGAGCCACAUUAUGACUUCUCAAGGAAAGAUGAGCCUGAUGCUUUCAAAAGAUUAGGCACUGGAAAUCGUGUGGCAACUUUUUUGAACUACAUGAGUGAUGUCGAGGCAGGAGGCGCCACGGUCUUCCCUGACUUCGGAGCAGCAAUCUGGCCUAGAAAGGGGACGGCAGUGUUCUGGUAUAAUCUGUUCAAGAGUGGAGAAGGAGACUAUAGGACAAGGCAUGCAGCCUGUCCUGUCUUAGUGGGAAGUAAAUGGGUGUCAAACAAGUGGAUUCACGAGCGUGGACAAGAGUUCAGGAGACCCUGUGGCCUCACAGAAGUGGAUUGAAUUUUGACCCACACCUAAGGAACUUGCAGAAAUACUCAAACACACAAACACGCAUACACACACACACACACACACACCCUUGUGCCUUAAUUCUGGCAAUGAUGCAACUCACAGACACACUCUGCAACACUUACAUAAGUGUUUUCUCCCUGAACUUGUCGAACUACGUGACUCAGAAGUGUUUUUUAUGAGGAAAUUAUGACACCGGUGUGUACGAUCUAGUCAGAUCAUCUUUUUUUUACCAGAAGUUACAUAAAUUCUAUGUCAUGCAUCCUCACACCACCCUACUUAAUUAAAUAAGUUAAUUUAAAUUGACAAAUCACAUGUUAUAAGGACAAUUUUACUUAAUUGUACUUACAAUGCAUGAUUUACAAUACAUGAACAUUUAAAAAAAAAUUCUUUGUCUUGGUUUGGCAAUGUACAACCCAUUUUAUAAUAGGUUAAGAUUCAAUUACUAACACUCCAGUUUGCCCUCCACACUGCUCCAUUAAAAAAAUGUUCUACAUGUUAGAAGCAACUAUUAGAUUUUCAAAGUAAAAGCAUUACCAUUAGUGGUCACACAGAGUCUUGUGUAUUAAUAUUGAUAAUAUCUUGUGUUAAAAACACCAAAACAUACAGGAAGUGUAACAAAAACUUUACCAAGUGGUGUUAGUGCAGGUUAUUCAGAUUUCCUUGUCACUUUAAUAUACAUAUUUGGAAAGAAACAAUUUGAUUUCAGUACAUUUAACAAGUUUCUUACUAAGAAGCAGGAACUAAGUGAAUGAAAGUUGUGUUAUUUUUUGAUAAAUAAUGAAAAAUGACUUUUGGUGACGGAUUCAGACUUGUGGACCCAACUGUAGACUUUGCACCCCAUUCAAAUAUUACAAAUUACACAAGAGUUAACUGCUAUGUAAUGCUACAAUGUACAUUAUUUUUGGAAAGGACUGAAAAGAUGUUAAAUAUUUGGCAGCCAAAUAUCAGAAAUGUCAAUUUACAAAAAACACCUUAAAUGCAAAGUAAAGUUAUGGGCUGGUAUUAGCUUUAGAGGUUAAAGUAAUGCAAAAAACACCACAAGUUGACUUUAGACACAACAUUUGCAUUACUGUAUCUUCAUUGCAAACCGCUUUAUUGUGAUUUAAUUGUCACUAUAUCCCUGUCACUCCAUUCUUUAUCAUUUGCGUUGUGUUUUAUACCCCUUCAAACUUAAAAGAAAUACAUUUCCUCCAAAUCAUGUCCAUGAUGUAUUUAUAUAAUGUUUAAAUUAUUAAGCUGUUGUUACAUUGUGUGCUCUUUCUACAAGAUGGCAAACAAGCAAGUCAAUAAACAGUGUCUUUUAUUAAAA